UCGGUUUCUUGCUCUGGAGGCUCUUACUGUGUUUAUCAUGCACGUCAGACUUCGCCUCGGAGCCGGGAAAUGGGAUGCGGCGGAGGACGCCAUCUCAAGAAAUCGUGAGCACACUCAACUCAGCCCCCAAGCCCAAGUCUUCCGGCUCUUCGUGUCAGAUGAUAACUUGGCUUCACUAUGCUCGAUCAUUGGAAGUUUCGUUGUGCAGCGCUACGUGAGUGAGCACGCAAACACGAUGCUCAGCUCUUGCCAUGGCUUGGCCCUUCCUGUGAGCAUAAGCCUGAUGAUCAGUAAGACUUCUCCAACGUUCACGUAUAUAACACUCAAGAUGUUCCUGCUGGAUGAUAUUCUUUUCAUCCUCAUCACACUCUCAAACCCUCAAACACUCUAACAAUCACCUGAUCUUUCUUUAUACACUUCACAUCCAGCUCAUCUUCACCUCCACCUCAGACAAGAUGUACUUCUCAACCCUCUGCGGAGUCGCUGCUGCCUCCUUGGCAUUGGUCAGUGCCACUCCCAUCCAAAAGCGCUACAACACCUACACCAUCACUUUCAUUGGCGCCGCCGGUGCACAAUACACGGUCCCCGUCCCCUUCGACGGCCAAUCCCACGACACCGGCAACGCGCUCUCCAUCUCCAGCGUCUCGGCCCCAUCCCCGGUUAACAUUGCCGCCCAAUGCAUCCUCGAGACCGUCGACUUCCCCCCCGCGCUCGUCAGCCAAGGCCACGGCGUCUGGACUGUCGGUCCCCCACAGACCGUCCUAUCAAUCUCCUGCACUGAAUCAUCCUCGCCUCCUCCUCCACCACCAUCAACAGACUACGUAACCAUCGAGUUCGACGGCGCGGACCCAUCGCUCGGCGCCAAGUUCAGCCUGCAAAUCCCGCUUGAUGGCGCUGCUCACAAUGUCAACAAUGCGCUCUCUAUCUCGGCUGUUGUCGAGACCUAUGGAAGCAUCGAUCUGAGCACCAACUGCAAGUUCGUCGGUGUCGAUUCGAACAAAGGCCCUGCGGCCGCACCAGUCCUGGCUCCUGCUGGCAGCAACAGAUGGCAGGUUGGCCCGCCUCAGACGAUUCUGAGUGUGGCCUGCUUCUUGCAUGCCAACCCCGGCCACUAGAUCCGCACUUUUGUGAGAGGAAUGGCUUACGAAUGGAUGAAUUGGGAUAGAUGGCGCAGAUUAGGGUUUUAAUCAGUCUGAAAAACGGAUAUUGCAUCAAUUGGGCAUUUGGGUUUGGAUUUGGAUUGCAUUUAGCACUAAUCGGGCAUUGGGCGGUGCAUUAAACAGUCCUUGCAUUUGCUUUGCAGCGCCUCCUUCAGCUGAGUGGUUAGAAAUAAAAUACCACACCUUUCAAGAUCCA